UUGCGGGGCGGGUGCGUGGUGAUGGCGGCGGCUCCGCGGUGGCGGGAGCGGCUCUUCAGCCUUUACUUCCUCUCGCACAUCCCCAUCACGCUCCUCAUCGACCUUCAGCCGCUGCUGCCCGCCGGGAUCUACCCGCAGGGCCUGACAGAGGCCUUGCAGUGGUAUGGAGCUGCCUUCAGAGACCCCAUGAUGCUGCAGCCCCCAGAGUGGUUUCAGGCAUUCAUGUACUCUGAAGCCUUCCUGCAGUUGCCCUUCUUCCCCGUGGCAGCGUACGCCUUCCUGAAAGGUGGCUGCAGAUGGAUCAGAACUCCUGCAAUUAUCUACUCCACCCACGUAGCUACAACUCUGUUUGCCAUCCUGGCACACAUCCUGUUCCACGACUUCUCCAAGUCAGAGCAUCCGGGACCCGAGACGCAGCGCGAGCGCCUGGUGCUGCUCUCCAUCUACUCACCCUACCUGCUGAUCCCACUGCUGCUGCUUUUCACCAUGCUCUACAACCCCCACUACAACCAGGUGGAGAAGAGGAAACGGAAGUAGCCCACCUCCCACCCGAUGCACCACGCCCGCCCUGGCUGUGCCGCAGACCCUGCACUGAUGUGGUCCCUCUGGGGCCAACAUCCGUCCCGUGGCGUUGGCUGCAGCAGCUGUUACCAGAACAUCUGGCUCCACCAGGGGAACUGGAAUUGGUUUGAGUUCACAGCUCUCCUUUCAUCAGGAACAGACUGGGCAGAUGCCUGUGCUGGCGGUUCCGGGUGGUUCUGGGUGGUUCUGGGCAGAUGAAGGGCGGUGCUCCUCAGCCCUGCAGGCGCUGUGCCCUACGUCUGCAAUACCAAAAUUGUUUUUAACCAUUUGGUGGGUGCCUGCGUGAUGGAGGGCAGGGUGGGGUGGAAGCCACAGCUGAUAGUUUUCUUUCAAGCUCCCUUUUCCCAGAUGAUUGUUAUUAGAAAACCACAUAAGAAAUUUGUCUUCCGUGAGCAUAUUCUUCAAAGUCCGUAACUGGUUAUACUCUGAUCUGCAAAGAUCCCCUUCUGAAGCAUUUCAAAUCUUGUACUAACUGAACUUCUUCACCCCUUCCUGUAAAGUUUCUCCUUCCUUUGCUCUGA